AUGGCGGCUGUCCACCUUGCUUGGUGGCUCAAUGUCCAAUGUUCUUCCUCUCUUCCAGGUGUUUUGCUAGACAUUCAGCAGCAUUUUGGAGUGAAGGACAGCGGGGCAGGCUUGCUUCAAACAGUUUUCAUCUGUAGCUUUAUGGUGGCAGCGCCCAUCUUUGGCUACCUCGGAGACCGUUUCAACCGGAAGAUCAUCCUCAGCUGCGGCAUCUUCUUCUGGUCAGCCAUCACGUUCUCCAGCUCCUUUAUCACCGAACAGUAUUUCUGGCUGUUUGUCCUUUCGCGAGGGUUGGUUGGCAUCGGAGAAGCCAGUUACUCCACCAUCGCGCCCACCAUCAUCGGAGACCUUUUCACCAAAAACACCCGGACCCUCAUGCUCUCUGUCUUCUAUUUUGCCAUCCCUCUGGGCAGUGGCUUAGGAUACAUCACCGGUUCAAGUGUGAAGCAAGUAGCUGGCGACUGGCACUGGGCUUUACGAGUUUCGCCCCUUUUAGGCAUGAUCACUGGGACGCUCAUCUUAAUUUUUGUUCCGGCGGCAAAGAGAGGCAACGCCGAACAGCUGGGGGCGCAGCUGAAAGCCCGGACCUCGUGGCUGAGAGACAUGAAGGCCUUGAUCAGAAACCGCAGCUACGUUUUCUCCUCUCUGGCUACCUCAGCCGUCUCCUUUGCCACAGGAGCUCUGGGCAUGUGGAUCCCCCUCUACCUCCACCGGGCGCAGGUGGUGCAGAAAACAGCCGAAACCUGCACGGCGCAACCCUGUGGGACCAAGGACAGCUUGAUCUUCGGGGCCAUCACCUGUUUCACCGGAUUCCUGGGCGUGAUCACCGGGGCCGGAGCGACCAAGUGGUGCCGGUUGAAAACGCAGCGGGCGGAUCCGCUGGUGUGCGCCGUCGGGAUGCUGGGCUCCGCCAUCUUCACCUGCCUCAUCUUCGUGGCGGCCAAGAGCAGCAUUGUGGGCGCUUAUGUCUGCAUUUUUAUCGGGGAAACUCUUCUGUUUUCCAACUGGGCCAUCACCGCUGAUAUCCUUAUGUAUGUAGUUAUUCCGACGCGACGUGCGACGGCUGUAGCUUUGCAGAGCUUCACGUCACAUCUCCUGGGAGAUGCCGGGAGCCCGUAUCUCAUUGGCUUUAUCUCAGACGUGAUACGCCAGAGCACAAAGGAGUCGGCGCUCUGGGAAUUCCUCAGCUUGGGCUACGCGCUUAUGCUGUGUCCGUUCGUGGUAGUCCUGGGGGGCAUGUUUUUCCUGGCGACGGCUCUUUUCUUCCUCAGCGACCGGGCUAAAGCGGAGCAGCAGGUCAAUCAACUCAUGAUGCCUCCAGCCUCCGUGAAAGUCUAAGGAGCUGUCCCCAUCUCGGGCCAUGAAGAAGACCUUUUGUGAACCCUGGCUUCCCUGAAACGCCCAGACAAGCACUUAUAAUCGGAGAAUUCUCCCCCGGUUCCACUCUCUCUGCGCUCAAGGCAAAGUAGGAGGGAGAAGAGCAGCGGGUGACCAUCCUCGGACCGGUCAGGAUGUCUUCAGACCAAGAUGGAGGUCUGCUCUUGUAGGUCGUCCUCACGCUCCUGAUCUAGAAGGACCCUUCGGAGUGGGUGCUACUUCUUCCCUACUUCUCCUGGCAGACAUCAACUGGACAACUGUGCAUUGGUGUUCACUUCCGGUGAAGAAAAUCCUCACUUUGGCCCAUCAGCCAGGUGCUCGCUCCUGAUUUGACUCACUGCUGCUUUUGGUGAUGGUCUCAUCUCCGGCCAGAUGCCUUGUCCCGGCCAGACAAGCGAACCUUGCGGCUUCUAGUUGCCCAACCUAGAUGCAUUUAUUAUUAUUUAAAUCGCCCCGUGGGUUCUUCGCCUUUGUUUUUCUGCAGAAGGGCGAGGAAGCUGGCCUAGAUGGAUGGCGUACGUUUUUUAUAAUUUAAGGGUGUUGUUUGCACUAGCUGGAGCUACCUCAGACCCACCGUCAGGUUUGCUCUCGGACCGGCGUAACUCGGGCGCUUUCAUUUUCCAUAAGGAAUUCUGGGAAUUCCAAGUUAUCUGGAGAGGGAGGGGUAGGGAGAAAAAGGCCGCUCAAAAUGAAGAUUCAGACUGCUCUCGUGUGACAUUUACCCACCCGUGGGUGUCAUCCAGGACAGAGAAGUGGUUGGCAAGAGGUUUUUUUUUUCAAAGGUGGCCCCCUCCAUGCGAAGGAAUUUUGAACAGCGCUCUUUUUUUCACAUCCAUGCGAAGCAGAGAAGAUGGGCUUUAUAUUCAGUUCUCAUGCUACUGUUCUGCUACUGCUAUAGAAGUUGGUGGCCGCCAUUUUGAAAAGAAGGGUGUCCAUUCCCUUUGGAGAAUGCAAAAGGGGGAACUCUGUCCACUCGGUCUGGAUCUCCUCUAACAUCACGUCUCCGGUCUCUGUGGUGUGUGUGUGAGAGAGAGAGAGACAGAGGGGGGGGCUUUCCAAAAGAACUGUUGGCCCAACCAACUCUGGUGCUUUUUCGUUGCAUCGAACGGCAUUGCUGAUGUUUUCCGCCCAGAUGUAGCCAGACGGUCUCCCUCCACUCACGCCCGCCAGAUUCCUAUUGGGUGUCCCCCAGAGCAGCUAAUUGGCGAUGUGACUGGGCACCCAUUGGGUUGUACAAUUGGACCCGUGGACCUGUUGGGGCCAUAGAUCUUACGUGAAUGCCAGAAGGAUUCUGGCCACUUAGUGGCAGAAUCCACAUGGAACCAAGAUGUCUGUGGUCGGGGCUCUGAAGCAUUCACACCUGACCAGCAGAUAAUUGGGAUUCUCUUCCCAAUUAGACCCCUUGGUCAGUAGGAUCUGCAUCAUUGUGGGCUCACCCUUCAAUAAGGGACUCAGGUAGGGCUGCUGGACAGAUUUUAGUAGCCAAACGGCAGGUACAGGUUAAAAAAAAUGUUCCCCCUUCCAAAUCUUUUCCCCAAUACAUUUGAUUUUUUAAAAAAUCCCCUUAUAUGCAGGUUAAGCUUCCUAGGGCCUCUGCUGGACCACAGCUGCUCAUCAGGACCAUGGCUGAGGUCAAAAACUGACAAUCCCAGUCCAUGGUGCCCCCCCCCGUGAUGCGAUAAAGCCCUAUUAAGGCCCACCUCCCUCUCUUCGUUAACCAAC